ACAAGUGCCAAAUCCUAAACCACAAGUCAAGACACAAUAUACCAGCGGAUAAAUCAUUGUUUUCCACAUUUCUGGCGUCCUACAGAUGCCGAGUACUUAUCUUUUGUAACAUUAUUUAAAUGUCACUUGAAGAAGUUUCCCAGAGACCGAGUUCUGCGUCAUCGAAAGAGCACAUUUAUUCGACCGAGAGAGAGGCUUCCUCUCGACUUACAGCACGCUUAGAACGAUCGGUCAAUAAGCGAUCACGGGCAAAACAUCGAGUGAACUAUCAUGAUUCCUCUGCUCCAAGCCGCAGACGGGAACCACAUCAGGAUUACGGCCAGAGCAAUAAUAUGGAGAGCGGAAAUCAGAGAGCUCACCGCGAAAACGACAGGUCUCUGAGAAAAGUGCCACCCUUCUACGAUCACAGGCAGGAUGGCAGUCAACAGUUCUACAGAAAAUCUGAUACUGGCGACAUGAGAAAACAUGGUCGACCUCAGAGCUGGUACGGAGCUGAAAGUCCGGAAAGAAAAUUCAAAGAGAGACCACAAAGCAUACAUGAAAUAUCUUUGGAUCGAAACAAUCAGAAGAACAACUGUAUUCCUGGGCGUGAUUACCAUAGCUUCUCAAACGAUACACGUUCGUCGAAAUCUGGUUAUAAAAGCACUGGCUUCAGAGACCGCAGAAGUAGACAUUUUGAAUUGUCAAGGUCGUUGUCGUCGAGUUUCAGCUCCCAAGUGGGGUCCUCUGCGGAUGAGGGUGAGAGGGACCGUCAUGGGGUUGACUCCGCAUAUGACAUGACAGAACGAUCCCCAUAUGGGUCCCUUGUACUAAGGCGUUUUAGCCAAUCAAGUUUAAGCUCCUCUAGUGCGUCUUGGCAACAGUCCACGAACUCAUUGAGUCACCAUGCCGUGAGAGGUCACGGGGGAUCUGGGUCACAAGGCACCAGUUCCCCAGAUAAGUUCCACAGGCACAGAGACCAUCAACGCCAGACAGUUCACAAAGAAGUUUACUUAAAACAAUCUCCGAAGAUUUCCGAACACAUUUCGACUACGAAUGCAACCUUUAUCUCUGCCGCACCAGUGACCCAGUACUCGGGUCACGCCAUUCGCGUCAACGCUCAACCUCAUCGUUCACACAAUUCUCAUGUUUUCGUUCAAGCUACGCCUUACUCUUCUGGUCAUCAUGUCACGACAUCUGUUCCAAGUCGGUUAUACAAUCACAACGUCACAGACUCCGCCAACAACGUUUCUCAGGUGUACCCUUCUGUCACGCAAGUUUCAUCCACACCUACUCAAUCGCCACGAAAUUCUUGGACGCGAGAUGAUGAAGACACCACUGGACAACUGAGCCCGUCAGUGAAAGAUUUAGCGAAACGUUUCAGCGGCGAAUUUUCCACGGAAUCAUUUGAAGAACUGCACGAAAUGAAUGAUAGAGAACGGAGGCGCGUAAAGGCUCAAACAUGGCCCAAGUUUGCGUAUGUCCACUCUCCGAAGGAUCGCAUUACCCACGGUGAACAAGACCAUGGCCACGAGGUUGCACCGCCGAAACCCCCGUAUCCACAGAGUUUAGUAGAAGACAUGGCUGUUGUAGAAACGACUAUUGAGUCAAGGAUUAGCAGAAACGAAGCAGAUGGUCCCUUACGAGCGCCUGAUAAGAGUUACACAUUGACAGCGCAUGGUCAGUGGAGUUACAUUAACGGCUCUGUAAGCGCUGAUAUGCUCGCCACGCAUCGCUUAAGUCUUCAGGAGCUUAUCAAACUGCAUGAAAACGAAAUAGCCAAACAUGCCAAGAGCGCCAAGGCGACUGCGCAUGCCCAGAUUUACCUGAAACGCCCCGUAAACGAAAAGGCGCGAAACGCGCAAAGCCCACAAACGUCACCGCGAGAGCUGUCAAGGGAUGGGAACUGGGCUGGGUCAUCUCCGACUGCUCACAAACAAUUUUCAGUCGUGAACAGAGUUGUGGAUGGCAAGCAAGCCGUAUCUCAGUAUGAGCCAGUCGAAAGAACGCCGAUAAAGGUGAUUGAGGUCACCGAUAAGGGCAGCACGCCGUCAGUUAACUCUGAAAUACGAGAGCGAUCCCCGAUCAAAGGCAAAAGGCAUCGCACAAUCGGCGUUGUCGGGUUCCGACAACAGAUUGAUCGCGUUACCGAAGAAAAAGCCGAGAAUAAACCGAAGCGUCACACAGCGAUCGGGAUUGUGAGUGUUAAGGCUGUGGACACAUUAGAACGUCAGUUGGUGAAAGAGGAGACCUGUGUAGUAAGCCACGCUGGCUAUGGGGUGAACAAGAUUCCAGAGAAAGGGCUUGAAAGCUUGGACAGUGAACAGAGAAACAACAACGUUGUGCUUAACCAAGAUUCACGACAACCUCCCACAAGCAUGAGGGUAAAAAAACGUAAAGAAUUCGACAGGACGGGGAGAACUGACUUGGAAGACGAGGACAUCCAUGAUGAGGUUUUCGAGCGUAAUGAAACAUCCAUACAAUUCGUUCGCUCGGAAGGAGUCGUUCAAACUCGGCCGGAAUCCGAGCAUAACCGAGAGCGUAAGACAGCGAGAUCUGACGAGCUCACAAAGGGCGAAGGAUUGACUAGGAUCACAGUUGCUUCUUCGGAAAAACCGGGUCAACCUGUUGAGCCGAUAAGCACCCAGUCUACGAGCUUACGGAACGACGGUCGCAUGUGGAACGUUCCAGUUUCAGGCCGUGCGCACAAUUAUCCCAAACCUUACGCGGUGUCUAAGGCUGUACCAGUCGCGCAGGUUUCGCCUGUUAGUCCAGCCCUUGAACUGUCUUCUAGAGCUAAUCUUACAAAGGAUAAUUUCACUGAACCUUUACCGCUUUCUAAGUCUCAAUCUGCUCGAGAAAUGUACGAAACGAGACUUGCCUUGUGGAAUUUGUAUCCCCCUGAUACUAGCCCAGCUAUACAUUCAUCGGAAACUUCAGGAAAUACGCCCCUAGAUGAAAAAAUUGGUGUUGAAACAGAGCGAAAUAAUUUAGGAUCAAUAAAGGCUUUGGAUGCACCGGAAGACAGAAUGAUUCACGAAAAUGAAACGAAGAACGAACCGAGAGGUUUCGCGAGGCCGAACUUGGAAGAAUAUUAUUCGAAAUUUAUAGAGAAUUUAAAAAAUGAAAACAAGGAAUUGAUCGCGAAAUACGAAAUGGAGAAGAGAGAAUUGAGGCAGAAAUACGAGGAACAAAGAAAAGUAGCCAAUGCUUAUCAAAAGCUAGAAGACAGGUACAGACGUCGCGUGCACGAGUUACAGGAAGCCCUCGCCGGCUGCACAUGCCAAAGCCCAUUCGUGAAUCAAAAUCACGUUAAAGCACCACAAAGUGUGACCACAAGAAGCGAGAAGGAAGGUGACAGGUCUAUCGUCUCAAGUAUCAAAGGGCUAAAAACACUCGAUGAUCUAGAAGACUGGUUGAGCGAAAACUCAAAAGACAACAGUGCCUCUAGAAAGAACAACAACACAGAAAGUAGAAACAGUUUAAUCAGCAGUUCGUCCGACAUGACGGGAACCGCGUCCGCCUGGGACGAGCUCUAUGAUCGGCUUAGAGCCACAGGUGAGAUUGAUGUGGAGAAUGGUACGCAUGUCUGACGUAACAGUUCAGCGCCAUUUUGGAUUUGGUAGUGACGAGCCUGUUAACUUUCAAACACCCUCGUUAUCAAUGGUCAGCGGAAAAUGGCGUUACCGCGGCACCAGCCGUGGCUUACAAAGAGUAACACAUGGCGGUCAGAUGCAAAAGAGCGAGAGAACUGCACGAAUUUUAGGUGAAAAUCAUACGAACUUUUGUCAUUUUAAGGUUGACUGUGCGGUCAACAAGAAGUUUCUACUUGUCUCGGUCCUUGCCUUAACCAGGUGAUAUUUCAGGCUGUUAGACGCGCAGGCGUUAACAAUACUUUCACUUUCAGUAACUCUCUUUCAGUGAAAUACUUUCAUUUGGCAAUUUUGGCGGGAAUUGUGGCCUCCGUAAAGUAUGUACUAGUGUUUCUCGUUCAAAGCCCUUUGGGGUAAGCUCCUUUCCACAUUUUCCGGCAAGCUUUCACAGACCAUUGCGAUUGAGAUAUUGAGGUUAGUUUUUGGUUCAAAAAAUGGUUUGUUGCUCGUUUCAAACGCUUUUAGAGUUAGCUAAAGGAUACGUGAACAGGUAUAUGCGAGAAGUGGCCUUGGGCUCUCUUUUAUCGAUAUUUUACCUCUUUCUUUUACGCUGUCAGUCUCUAGGACUAGCGAGUCGUUUUAAUUAAUUGAUAAACACAAAAAUGCCGUAUAUUUUGAAAAUUAAGAGUUUAUGAUAAAUUUAAAAUAAUUCUCCAAAUGUGAGUUCUGUGAAAAUCAAGUAAAUCCAAUGAGCGGGAAAAGGUUUUGUGAAUAUAUGAGUUAUUAAUUUUCUUAGAAAAGUAAAAACUUGAAGUGAAACUUGUAUUUUGACCUCAUAAUCGUUCUAUUUAUAUUGGACUUGACGGUACAAAAAUUAAUCAGUCAAUUCAAGGUAUCCCCCGUCAAAGUAAAAGCUAAGUUUGGAUUUUGUUUUCAGCUGAAUAGUCCAAGACGUAACCGAGUCGUAGUGUUGUUAAAUUUUCGAAUGGCGAUGACGUGUCGCAAAGAAUGCUGUCGAGGAAUCACUUCAUCUCAACACUCGAUUGCUGAAUCCAUAUUGAAACAAUGACUUGAGUAGGGAUAAAGUAUCACGCAUUCACAAACUAAUGGGUAUACCAAUCGCGAGUCACAAAAGCUGUGGACUCAACUAAGAAUGCCUUCACUGAGAUUGGUAAAUGUCGAGAAAAGCAUGGGCAUGAAAUGAUUGUUCGUGUCAUUUAUUGAGAUUGGUAGAUUUUUUUGUUAACACGGGGGAUUUGACAAAAACAGCAUACUUUCACAUAGUGGUUUCCCUUUGGUGUGGUUGUUCUGAAUUAGACCAGGAUAGCUGUUAAGACAUACGGCAACCAUGCUAUGGCUGGAAUACAUGAGCAAGUUUUAUAAUUGUUUACAAAGUUAUUGGUCGUUUAUUACAACAAAGUCUGGCACUCGAACUAGUUAUCUAAAAAUUUUACUUAGCGUUAUUGCGCAUAAUCAAACAUGUUAAGCACGCAGUAAUGACCUUUAUCAUGAUGAUCAACCACGAUAGGGUCCAGUGCAUUUCUGAAAUCUAGGCAGAGAAAAGAGGCACCUUCAACCUAAAUCUUGGUAAACCUAAUAAUUAGUUUGUUACUUCUACAAAGUUUCCCUCACUUGCCCAUGUAUUGCAUAAGUUAUUUUGCCCGAAAGUAAAGCGUCAGCCCAACUUCUGGACGAGGAACAUUGCAGCCGGGGUCGUAAAGAGCAUCUACACCAAACUGAUUUGCAGGACCAUAGCUGGUGCUAUGCCCGGCCAGACACAUCCCAUGACCAAUAUUCAGCGUCGUUUUACAAUCGCAGUUGUCAUCAUCCAUCAGAAUGGACUUGACGCCAUGCUGUUCACGGUACAUAAAUGAAUCUUGCUUGGCGACUGGCGUUUUUCCCUGUAGAACCACUGGAUCCCAGCUGUCUACGUUGUUGACUACUUUGCCAGCGGGAGUGGUCACAUGAUCGUGGAAAGCCAACCAAGCCGCAUGCGCAACAGCAUUGUGAUAGUCAAACUUCCAAAGGUAUUCGUUUCCUUGAGAAUCAAUAGCAAGCAUUUCAGUAGAGUCUUCCCUUGCCCAGGACGGAAUUCGCCCGAAGCAGUAUUCGCCAUACGGGUUGCAAUUACCGAAGGGGUAGGCUAACACAUCUUCCUCAUCAGCGGGCCAAGUUGCAUCUGCUGUCCACCACCAGAAAGCCAGCCAGUUUCCGCCAUGUUUACAAGAUGACAAAGAGUGCACCAUUUCUUCGGACACGGAGAAGUACAGUGCUAGACCAACGUUAGGUCGCGGCGUGUUACAGUAAUUAUCGUAGAGGGCGUCAACUCCAUACCGAUUUACAGGACCAUAACUUGUAGAAAAUCCGUCUGAGCACAUACCAUGUCCCAUGCUGAGGGUGGACAAACAAUCACAGUUAUCAUCAUCCAAAAGAAAAGACUUCACACCACCUUGAGCUCGGUACAUGAAGGAGUCUUGAGAGGCUUUUGGUGCUGUUCCUUUCAGCAAUUUAGGAUUCCAUGCUUUGUUAUUCUGUAUCUUGUUAAAUGGUGUUUCUUCGUGAUCGUGUAAGG